GUGUAGGCAGAGAAAGAUAAGGCGCUGUGAUGUCAUACAGCGGGUCAGUGGAGGACACCGGAUUAGUUUGACUGGACAGUUAUAUGUAUACUUUGGGGAAAGACAUUCGUUAAAGAUGUAUCAACAUACCUAUAUUCUGGUUUUGCUGGCUGUGACUCAACAAUACGUUUCUGCUGCGACAUCAUUUAGCUGUGCUGGACAUACUAUUGGAUUUUACCCCGACCCAAACGAGUGCGAAAGUUAUUAUAUUUGCACAGGCGGGGCGGACACCACGGCUAUAACAUGCGCAACUGGUCUCCAGUUCAACAGCCAAUCCAAGUUCUGUGACUACCCAAAGAAUGUCGACUGCAAUGGCAGACAUUCGGCUGCUACUCAGCCACCACCAACACAGCGACCAGUCGUGACAAUGGCGCCAAUUACAACUAAUGCACCAUUCAAUAUGAAUACGAACGCGCCCGUAACCAACGUUCCUCUGCAAACUGGACGUCCAUCGUUUACGAACCCGCCACAACCAACAUUCCUUCCACCAACAAACUCUCCAUUACAAACGUUUGCUCCUUUGCAGACGGCAGCUCCUGCCACAUAUGCACCGCUCCAAACGCCUCAACCAGGUGUCCAUUUUGUCAAAACAACACCUAAUUCAGUAACAAAUGCACCCGCUACAAAUUCUCCAUUCCAAACAGGAGGCAUCUUUUUCCCGCUUUUCACCAACACACCACGACCAACUAAUGCCCCCUAUUCAACACGAAGUCCGCAGACAAAUCCUCCAAUGUUGCCAAGCAGUAACAUAUGCUUUGGAAAAGUGGACGGAUACUUCCUCGACCCAAAAGACUGCGGCUAUUACUAUCAGUGUUCCUACGGCCAAGCGGUCAGAGAGCCAUGCCCCCCUCGGCUGGUUUUCAACGAAAAAACAAAUGCCUGCGACUACGCGCAAAAUGUCCCUGCUUGUUCUCAAUAUCUGUUACAAGGGCCGGAAAUAAAACGUGCUAGCGUUAAUGGGAUUGGUGUUUUCUUUAAUUUAAACAGAACACUGUUAUAUUCGUUAGAUAUUUGUAUUCGCUCAAGUCUUUGUCUCCUCUCGGAGUAUGGUCUCAGAAAUGCAUUUCCCAGUUUCAUUAGUUUUGAGCAGUUCCAGCAGCUUCAGAUGGUAUUUCAACCGUUCCCCUUCGCCAUACUUUUUGUCGCUUCUGUUGAUAUAUAUUAAUUUAUUCGAUUAAUGAAGAAUGGGAAGGGUACAACUCCUCAAGAAUCAAGGUCGUCAGUUCUAUGGGGAUACAUAUUUCAGAGAAACUAAAGUACCUUUCCGAGACCAAUGUCCAUGUCUUGCCUCGGCACACUCAAAGUGUCAUUUUCAGAUUGAGUAGGAUCAAUGAUAUGGUAAAAUAAGUAUCGUAUGAAAAUGAAAUAUGUAAAUAGACAACGAGAUCUUUUUACUUCUUGACAUACAUAUUUAUUUCAUGAAAUGAACAUAAUGAUAUACAAUGUACAUUACGUACCCCCUACUAAAAUUAACUUGUAGUUAGGUCUAAGAUGAAAGUCGACUUUCUAGUAUUGUGUUUUGCUAGACAGUUGUUCUAACCUGCUCCCUUCCGGAAACAUGAGAGGAUUUCAUGGCUUUGUUAUGGAACUUACGAUUUAUGUCAUGAGGAAAAGAACAUGUCUGCCAAAAGAUGAUGAGAAUUGCAUUAUAACAUGUAUAUAUACUAUUUGUAAGAAAACAGGGUUUUCAUCCAUUUCUUCACUGUAUCAAGGUAAGUGUAUAUUAAGUGCAAGAUUUACUACAGAAUGUACUUAAUUGUCUGCUAAAAUUACAAUGCAUUAGUAUUACAAUAAUUAAAUUUGUCUUAUCGAAAUUUGAAUCUGGAUAUGUGCUCCCAUAUAAAUAUAACUCCCAAGUGCUAUAAUGCUAUAUUCAUAGACAAUGUUUAACUUCUUUGUUAGCAAGUCAAAUGGAAACCUAGUGUGGACAGCUCUAUCUACUAUUUGAAGUCUUAGUUAUUGAUGAAUAUGUCAACAUUCUAAACGGUCUUACACAGUGGUUACACAGGCUAACUUCACUAGAUUUGUUUCAUGUUUAAUGCAAGAAGAAUCUACAGAUUUAAACCUGAUCUAUCUCUUACAGGUUGGACUACAUACCAACUAUAAAAACUGUACACAUUCUUGUUACUGUCAUAAUCAAGAAUCUGCAGAAACUUGACAAGUUUGGAAUGAUUGUAACAGGAAUUUAUGUCUUCUUAGCUCUAGAUUAUUUUUGUUGAUGCUUCAUAACGCACAACUGUCUUAAUAACAAAAUGUUGAAAUUAAAAGAUUUGUUACUUUCUCAAACACUUUUUCAGAGCCAGACUGUAUUGAAUACAAAAGUCUGUCAACCUAUCUUGAUAAUAGACGUCACUCAUUCUCACAAUAAACUAGCCGUCGAAACAGAAAGAUCAUACACACUGUCGCAUAAAAUAUGAAUUUCUUUUGUAUCAUGAAACGGUGACAUUUUUGACAAAGGCUUAUAAAUACAAGGCUAAUUUGAGGUAACUGAGCAUUUACACUGUAAAAUCAGACAUUUUUGUGGUGCUCUAAUUUUCUGGUUUCCUGUGUGUUGGACUUUGGUGGAUAAUCAUAACAGAUAUUAACUAAUAUUGUCAAAUUUAUCUCAUUUGUCAGUUCUUAAAUUAAAUAUCCCAGGAAAUCAAUGAAUAUAAAAACUGAACAAAAAUCUCUAAUUUACAGUAUUUGCUAACACUGAUUCUUGAAUGUGACAAGUCUCGGUAAAUAGUCAUUCCUAUCCGAUUAUUUUUCAUCAUCUAUGACUUUUUCUUUAUAUUUUUUUUUUUUUUACAAAUAUUACAGGGUAUAUCUGAUUAAAACUACAAUGCUAUGUUUUGUUUGCCUUUCUUUUAUGCUGAAUGCAACAUGAUUUGGAUAUUUUUGGUAGUACAUGUAGUUACAUUUUGAUCAUUCAUCCUAUAUAAUACUGUAUUGGAAUCUACACAUACAUCAUCCUCUUCAAAUUUUCCUAUUUUUCUUAUUAAUGCAAUCAUGCAAAUAUUGUAGGUAUAUAAAAAUACAAGGUUCCAGCACUGAGUAAUGACAUACAAAAGAUGUACAACUUCUACAAAGUACAACCAAGUCCACUUUACAGAGAAUCAAUAUAAAACUUAAUAAAAGUCCCCUGUGAAGUCAGUAAGCCAGACAUUGCAAAUAAAAUUAACUUACAGGACAAAAAAGUGUUCAUAGUUAUAAAGAUUUUAAACAUCCUGAUGACAUAUCACGAUUACUAAAAUGUUGUUAUGGCAGUAAGCCUGGCAGAUUUUGGUAUUUACAAGAUUCUUGUUUCAGAUAAAAAGCAGACUA